AUGGAGUCGCUCGAUCUUAUAUACUUUCACUCCGCUUUUCGCAUACCUAUAUGCAAGUCGUGCAAAUCCGUAUUCGCAACUUCCAUCCGCAGCCAUAUCCGCACGUUCCACAAGGAGCUGGCCCUUUCGAAACAAGACCUUAAGAAGUACGAGGAAUCCUUUCAGGGCCUAUCUCCCAUCUGUGACCGCAACGUUAUCCGGAAUCUACAGCCCAGCUCGCAAGACCCAGCAAUCUCUCACCUCCCCCUUCAUCUUGAUAAUAUCCUGUGCCUCUGCUGCGGGGACCAGAAGCGACCGUAUGUAUGCCACUCUGAAACGCAUAUGCGAGAGCAUCUUCAACUGGUCCAUGAUCGACAAUCCCAUCGCCGUGGCCAGCGUUAUGAGAACGGCAUCCUUGAAGCCUGGCAGAAGGAAGGAGUCGCGUGCGCACCAGUCGCUUGCCAGACGCUUUCCAAAUCUUCGAGCAAUAGACGUUAUUUCCCAGUUCUAGCACCAGAAUUAGAGCCCACAUCGGUAUCAGAGCCCACAUUAUCAGAGAUCUCGCACGCGCCAGCCUCAACAGUGGACGGCUCCGGCGAACUGGACGCUGGAGCUUCCUCGGCAUACUUGCAAUCUUCCAUCCCGCUAGAAACGCUCAUAGAAGAGAAGCUCACCCAGGCUGCUCAUCUAGCCGCGACCCCAGCUCAGCAUACGCAAGAUCAGUUGCAGCGUGAAGUCAGCCCCACAUCAGAGCAAUACAGGUGGAUUCAGUUCACAGAAUGGGGUCGGUAUCUGGCGGAAUAUCCACUAGGAGCCGCCGCCCGUUUACAUGAUCUUCCAUCGGGGGAGAGCUGGAAUGGUAGUGAUAUGAGUGGGGACAGCCACCACGGCAAUGAGCAUAAGAGGCAGCGCCAAAGUGAAUACGUUCUACAGCAUCUUCUUACUGCACUGAAGCGUCUCGUGGAACGAGCAAGAAAAACCAUGUCUGACGGCAGAUUUAACGUCUUCGACCAGCAUCGUCUCAACUCCUUCCUUCCACGCCGGACCUCAGGGAGGCCAUUCUUCUACAAGCUUCAGGAUAACACGUAUAAGGAAUAUGCCAGAGUAGCACAGAAGCUCAUUUGUUUCGUGUAUCGAAGAGCAUGGGCGGGGACUGGCCCAAGUCUACAUCAUUAUCGAACUUCCCACUUUCAGUAA